CUUGUCAUCUGUGGUCUUUUGUGUGGUCAGGACUCAGGAGUUGUUGAGGGGCAAAUUUGUUUCAAACCAAUAAAAAUAAACUAUUAUUUGCUAACAAUACCUUACUAAUGUUGUUAUAAACUAUUCCUCCAUUUUAUUGUAAAUAAUCUUAAUCAAUUUCUUAAAAAUGAUGAGCGAUGACGAUCGCGACAUCGAUAUCGAAAGUGAUGCUGAAAACGAUUCUGAUUCUCGUCCAAAUCCACGCAAUGGAUUAAGUGGCUAUUAUUCUCAGGCGGAAAAAAGGGCACAUCAUAAUGCCUUGGAGCGUAAAAGAAGAGAUCAUAUAAAAGACAGUUUUACAUCAUUAAGAGAUUCUGUACCUGCAUUGCAAGGAGAGAAAGUAAUAUUACAGGCAAGUCGAGCACAAAUAUUAAAGAAGGCAGCAGAAUAUAUCCAGUUCAUGAGAAGAAAAAACAAUUCACAUCAACAAGAUAUUGAUGACCUCAAACGGCAAAAUAAUAUAUUAGAAACACAGAUCAGAGCAUUGGAAAAGGCUCGGGCGACCGGAAACUACAUGGACGCACACGAGCUCGGUCUCGGCAUCAAGUCCGAGGACAGUUCCCACGACACCGACAGCUCGGACGGAGAGGGCACCACGCGGCGCGUCAAGAAGCUCAAGAUCAACGGGGUCAACGUCUGAAGUGACCCGAGCGAUAUUCCGGCGUCGGCGACCACCCCCGACUUCACGAAAAGAAACAAAUCCGCCGUCCAUUGUAAAAAGUCAUCACGAGUGCGGCUCUCGGAGCAGACGCGCCGAUUGAGAUAAGUUUUGUUAGGAAACGAAUAUUCUGUGAAAUGUGGAGCCAUUUUGGCAAACCGGAAUCGUUGUCCCAUCGGCGUUAGUCCGGAAUUUACUGUUAGAUUUUGUUUUUGCGACAGUUAUAUUUUUAUAUUUUUUUGUUAAAAUCAUGUUUAAGGAAACGGAACGUUAUCUUUCAUCGUGACGCCGAUGCGGCCCUAGAACGGAGAGUUCUUAAGUUCUAGGAAUUUUAAAAUUAUGUGUAAAUACUGUUCAGUCUAAGGCAACACUGAGAAUAAAUACUUUUGCCGCUUUCAUCGUAUCGAACGCAGGAUAUACGUACAUGUAGAUAUUUAUAUAUAUAUAUAUAAUAUAUAUUAUAGCGUUCGAGAGAUGUCGAAGUGGAAACUGUCCUUAUUCGUGAUUAAAGUAAGACAACAU